CAAUACAGAUCACAUGACCCACUCUCCUCCAGACUGCAUGCAGUUUGGUAUUAAAAUGUUUUCAGUACAACCAGCCAUUGUGUUGUUAUACAUUUGAGAGAUGCUGGAUACAUGUUGAGCUAUUUAAACGAAUUAAAGCAGCACAUUGAUAACCGGGACUAACAUCGCAUCAGCAGCUGUUAUUUUCGAGGUGGUAUCUGAAGAGGAGCUGCUGUAGGAGAACCAGCGGACAGCUAACGGCGGCGAGGCCCCAACCGGACGGGAACACGGGGAACCAUGGCCAACAUCGCAGUUCAGAGGAUAAAACGUGAAUUCAAGGAGGUGCUCAAAAGCGAAGAGACGAGCAAAAACCAGAUAAAGGUGGACCUGGUGGAUGAGAACUUCACAGAACUUAAAGGGGAGAUAGCAGGGCCCCCUGACACACCAUAUGAAGGGGGUAGAUAUCAACUAGAAAUAAAAAUUCCAGAGACGUAUCCAUUCAAUCCGCCCAAGGUGCGGUUUAUCACAAAGAUCUGGCAUCCCAACAUCAGCUCAGUCACAGGUGCAAUAUGUCUGGACAUUCUCAAAGACCAGUGGGCAGCAGCUAUGACACUGAGGACGGUCCUCCUGUCACUACAAGCCUUAUUGGCAGCCGCAGAACCAGAUGAUCCACAGGACGCAGUGGUAGCCAAUCAGUACAAGCAGAACCCAGAGAUGUUCAAACAGACAGCGAGGCUCUGGUCUCAUGUCUAUGCAGGCGCUCCUGUCUCAAGUCCGGAGUACACACGCAAAAUAGACAAACUCUGUGCCAUGGGCUUUGAAAAAAAUGCAGUAAUAGUGGCGUUGUCGUCGAAGUCCUGGGACGUGGAGACAGCGACAGAGCUCCUGCUCAGUAACUGAAUCUUGACAACCCUCUUCAUCUUCCUCUUUAUCACUGUCCCCCCUCCUCACACAUGUACCCCCUCUCUCCUCCAAAUUCCCGCUGUCUGAAGGCGUCUUUUUCCCUGUUGCCCUCUUUUUUUCACGUGGACUCCUCACCUCCACGCAUUCCCUCUUCCCCCCCCCCCCCCCCUCCAUGCUCAUCAAUUCUGCUGUACAUCACUCCAAUCAGUCGCUCUGGUUUCUUUAUGUUCAAUUCGACAUUCCGCUACAUUCAGAGGACUUCAGACACAUCUUCGCCCCCUUUUGAAGCGAGAUGCCAGACUUGAGACCCGGCCCACGCCUGCCACUCCCCCGGCUCGUCUGGCUGUGUCCAAGAAGCGGCUGUCAGCGGCUUAGCCUAUGCAGUGCAUUUAAUUUCACGCGUGUAAACAUUUCUAGGAGCAAAUUAAGCCAUUCAAGGAGGCUCUUUUCCACCCGCUGGGGAUUUUUUACACACUUAUAGUUUGUUUUCUAAGCGGGAAUGGGCGGAGUCCUACUACAUCACAUCUUUAAAAUGAAAUGUGUUUGCGAUGUGUCUAACAUCACUUCCUUCACUUGUGGGAAAGUAAGUAAAGUGCACCAGGUAGCAAACAAGAAGUUAUACAGACACACUGUAGGACGAGGCUUAUUCCCAGUAUUACAACAGCUCAUAAAGUGUCACUGAGGUGUUCACACACAGUAGCCAUACUUGUUUUCACGCCUCGAUUUCUCCCACUUCAACUGUUUGAAUAACCCGAAGCUCCUGCAGCAAACCCCAGCUUCCAUCCCCACACCUAUUUCUUGACCUGGCUUAUUCCACCUGUCCCUUUUCCCCUACAUUUUUUUUUUACUUUUACUUGGUUUUGGCCUCCUGCAGGAAUACAUUUGAAUUCUUGUUUUUAAACUGAAAGAAAACAAAAGAAACAGCAGUAACACAACCUGUCACAAGUCUGUAUGGAAAUAGUUCAAAAUGGAUCUGAAAUAUUGCAUCAUCUUAACUACGCCAACAGAUAAAUAUGUCAAAAAUGAUUCAUCUGUAAAUAAAGAUAUUAAAGUCUGUGUAAAUUAA